CACACACACAGACGUAGAACCCCUCCACAUACACAUUCACACAUACAUACACGCACUCACACACACAAACACUCUCUCUCUCUCACACACACACACACACACACACAGAGAGGUUCAAUGAAACAGUGUUAUCAGCAGCAGAAGCAAAGGGGAGCGCAGACCCUGGGGAGGCUUUUUUAAAAUCCAUUUCUAUGCUUCUUGGCUCAUAAACACUUGAUUACUUUAUAAACAUGCACCUAAUGGGAAUAUCUCUUUUACUGGCUUAUCUACUUCACACCAACCUCGCCAGCGACUUCUCUCACAGCGAUCAGGAUGACUACAUGCAGGAGCAGGAGGACGAGCCGGACUUUCCACCGAAGCCAGACAUGGAGGAAAUGCUGCGUUCAGCCUCCAAUGUCGAUGAGCUGAUGAGUCUCAUCUACCCUUCAUUCUGGGCGGCUCUGAAGUGCAGAUCCAAGCUCUCUGCUGCUGCCUCUUCCACCUCCAAACUUUCUCAGCGGCAGCAGCCUCGCCAACUGAGGCCACCGGCUGAUACAGAAGAGCCAACAUUUGCUGCUGUCUACCUCAACUUGGAUGUCUUGAAAAGUAUAGAAUCAGAAUGGAGGAAGACUCAAUGCAUGCCCAGGGAAGUGUGUAUCGACGUGGGCAGGGAGUUUGGAGCUCCCACCAACAUCUUCUAUAAACCACCCUGUGUGUCCGUCUACAGAUGUGGAGGAUGCUGCCACUCUGAGGACAAACAAUGCAGGAAUAUCUCCACUGGUCACCUCAGCAAAACUCUGUUUGAGAUCACCGUGCCAAUAACACAGGGCACAAGGCCAGUGACCAUCAGUGUGGCCAACCACACCCAGUGCCGCUGCCUGUCCAAACUGGAUGUCUACAAGCAAGUUCACAGCAUCAUCAGGAGAGCCCUGCCUGACCCUCCACCUAUACUAUACAUCCUGGUCAAGUUUCCUUUCUCAGGAAAGGCUGGAAUCAGUCAAAUGAGCAACAGACAAAGGUGUCCAAUAGCCAAUAGGACAUGUCCUCCUGGUCAGGUUUGGAGCAGCAGGCUAUGUUGGUGUGUCAGUAUAGCUGCCAACAUGCACCACAACACCCCUCCACCACCACUACCCUCUCCAAGGUUUGCCGAACAGCACCGAGAUAUAUUUUCAGCAGAUGUGUGUGGCCCAGAUAAGGAGCUGGAUGUGGAUACCUGUCAGUGCAUAUGUCGGCGUGAGGAUCAAACUCAAGACUGUGGCCCUAACAGACAUCUUGACCGCAGUACCUGCCAGUGUGUCUGCAAUGUCCUGCCUCCUCCCUCCUGCCCGCUUAACCAGGUCUUUAACAAAGAGACUUGUCAGUGCACAUGUACCAAGACAUGUCCGAGGCACCAGCCCCUCAAUAAAACAAAGUGUUCCUGUGAAUGCAACGAGUCACCCAAUAAGUGUUUCUUAAAAGGAAGGCGGUUCCAUCAAGCUACAUGCAGUUGUCUCAGGCCUCCCUGUGAAGUUAGGAGGCGAAGGUGUGAACCAGGUUUCUCCUUCAGCGAGGAAGUGUGUCGCUGCAUACCUAACCACUGGAGACGACUGGACUAACCGCUGGCUACUUAAAUGCUAAUGAGAUUCUAAUUAGCAGAUACAAAACUUGAGUAGAAUUCAUCCCCCAUCGCCUGUAAACUUGUGGAUCAUGAGUAUCCCCAUCAACUGUGAUGGCAGCUAAGCGUGUGGACCAGAUGAACAUGGAAAAACCUUAGUGAAAGAGUGGAGAUAUGGGAAACUGGUGAUUUGAUGGUGGGGAAUACACUGACUUGGCUGUGAGGACAUUUUAAAAAGAGAGCGACAGAAGAAUUCCUGGAGUCCAGAAAUGGAAAGAAGGACUGAAAGAGGCUCAGCACUCGACCCGUUUUAAAAUAUUGUCUUAAUAAUUUGCUUUAAAUAUUAUUAUUUUUUAAUUAUUAUUAUGUCUCUGUAUUCUUUUGUCAGAUAUGAGUUAUAUAAUUUAUUAAAUGUUAUUUUCCAGCCUCUUUUUCAGUUUAUUGAAGUUUCCAUCUUUUUCAAGAAAAGUACACUGUGAUCAGUAUUUUGUAUAUUAUAAAGAAAAUGUGUAAAAUAAAAUAUACUGGCUGUUGACUAUUGUUAACUUAGUGUGUUAUCCAAUCAAUUAUAUUGUGUGUUUUACUGAGGUUAUCUUCAUCUAAAUUCGCGAAUCCAUCAGAAUCCGAAAUAGACAGUUGAAUAAUUCAAUGUGUCUGAAAGUAAAAAGCGAGAAAGUUAUGCUCAUAUGGUGAACAUUCGAUUCUGUAGUUUUAGGAAAACAUUUUUUUAACUUCAUUGAUUAUUACACCUUGUUAAGAUUAAGAGUUUCAAUACAUGUGAGUAACAGUGGAAUACGUCCUGAUAUAAACUGAGGAUUCAGUCACAGAUGAAGGCGCAGCAAUGACAAUUGUAAUGAUAGAAGUUAUGCCAAUAAUGGUUGUAAAUGUGAGUAGGUUAUAUUGUUGAUCAAAGCUAUCUAUUUGUAAUCAUCAACAAUAAGCUGACACUACAAUCCACAAUGUUAAAGACCAUUGACUCAGGCUCAGCUUUGGUCUUCACCUUUUAUCACGACAGCUUUUGUGUGCGUGAGCAAUGCGUAAAACCUUAUGGUGAAUGAUGUCCAAUGGCAGAAGUCCACGUCGGGUUCCACGCCUGUCAACCAAGAACAUAAAUCGGAGGAUGCAGUGUACACAGUGUAACCAACAUUUAACAGUUGAACAUUUCAACAGCAUGAAUCCAUGAACUCAACGUUCCUUGUGUCAUGGCUUCUGUUUACCAUCGUCUUAUGGAUAAACUUCCACCAGGAUAAUAAAUGUCCCAUGUUACAAAGCAAAUGUUGUUUCAAACAGGUUUCCUGACAAUGUCAGUAGAUUCAGCUCAACUUCAGAGAAGCACUCCGUCAGAUGUGAAUCCAGUAGAACACCUUUGAGAUGUGGUGGAACAGGAGACUGGCAGUGUGUCAAUUUAGGAUGCAGUACUUGGAGUAGAAUGUCAAAGGAGAGUUUACAACAUAUUGUUGAAUCCAGAGUAAAAGGAAGAACUACUCAGUGUAAUAUAAUGUUCCUAACAGUGAUGGUGUUAGCAAAUAUAAGUAAUGUAGGUUGUAAAGAAACCUCAAGCUGUAACCUGCACUCUCUCUCUCACACACUUUUGAACAUCCUGUCAGAAAAAUAAAUUGAGAUUUUCGGCU